AACUAUGGUACAAUUAAAGAAGUAAAAGAUGGUGUAGUUAUUGUAAAAGAAGGUCUAAAUAAAGUAGGUAUGUCUGAAAUGGUCGAAUUUGAGAAAAGUGGACUAAAAGGUAUAGUGAACUAUUUAGGUAUGGAAAAAUCAAUAACAGUUUUGGGUAACAUUACUAGUUUAAAAGUUGGUGAUCUUGUAAAAAGAUUAAACACUUUACCUUAUUUGGAUGUUAAUAAUAAUAUUUUAGGGAGAGUAGUAGAUCCUUUAGGUAAUACUUUAGAUGGAUUAGGCGAAAUAAAAAAUGUAAAAGGAGGUAAAAGACUUUUUAUUGAAAAAAAAGCUCCAGGUAUAAUAGAAAGAGAGUCAGUUAGAAAUUCAUUAGAAACUGGUGUAAAAUUUUUAGAUAGUAUGAUUCCUAUAGGUUUAGGUCAACGUGAAUUAAUUAUUGGUGAUCCUAAAACAGGAAAAACAACUAUAGCUAUUGACACAAUUAUAAACCAAAAAGGAAAAGGUUUAAUUUGUGUUUAUGUUGUAAUCGGGCAAAAACAAACAAGUUUAUUAAAGAUUUUAAAAACUUUAAGAAAUAAAGGUUGUAUGUCUUAUACAACAAUAGUUAUGGCUUCAGCAGCUGAUUCUGCUGUUAUGCAAUAUUUAGCUCCAUAUAGUGGUUGUACUAUAGGUGAGUUUUUUAUGGCAAAAGGAAGAGACGUUUUAAUUGUUUUUGAUGAUUUAAGUAAACAUGCUGUUGCUUAUCGUCAAAUGUCUUUAUUAUUAAGAAGACCUCCGGGUAGAGAAGGUUAUCCGGGUGAUGUUUUUUAUUUACAUUCUAGAUUAUUAGAAAGAUCUGCAAAAAUGAAAAAUGAUAGAGAUACAGUUAAAAAUCAUGUAAUAAAUGGUGGUUCUUUAACAGCUUUUCCAAUAAUUGAAACAGUAGAUGGUGAUAUAUCAGCUUAUAUACCUACAAACGUUAUUUCUAUAACAGAUGGUCAAGUUUUUUUAGAAGCUACUUUGUUUAACCAAGGUGUACGUCCAGCUAUAAGUCCAGGAGUAUCGGUUAGUCGUGUUGGUGGUGCUGCUCAAUCAAAAGUUAUGAAGAGUCUUGCAGGUUCUUUAAAGCUAGAGCUAGCACAGUAUCGUGAAAUUGUUGAUUAUAUUAGUUUAGGUUUGUCUGUUGAUGCUUCUACUAAAUUCUUAUUGGAUAAAGGUUCUAGAUUACAAAAAUUAAUGAAUCAACCACAAAAUCAACCAGUAAAUAUUACUACACAAAUUGUUUUAUUAUAUGCUGGUUUAAAAAAUUUAUUAAAUGAUGUUGUUUUAUCUGAUAUAAAUAUUUUUGAAAGAAAAUUAAGUUUUUUAUUAAAAACGGAUUUUUUUUCUAAUUUAUUAAAAGAUACAAUAAAAACAAAGUUAUUUGAUAACGUUGUUGAGUAUUUGAUUUAUGGUUUAAAAAUUACUUACUUUACAAAAAAGUAA